GAUAUAUUCGCCACGAUUCAUGCUGAUGCAUAUGAUACAACGAAACCAUCACCAUCAAUUUCACCAUUUCCAAAUACACACGUGACAACAAAAUACACAGUUAAUUUUCGAACACCAUUUCUAGAGAGGCAGAGAAAGCUCAAUUCGCAAACACGAAAUUAAGCAAUAAACCGUGCCCAAUUCACUUGGAAACUGUAUAAUCUCAAAUUCUCGAUCCCCCAUUACAGAUUACUCUCCCUUAUGCGGUUAGCUCUCAAGAAAUGGCUUCUUCAGAGAUAGAGGUGGUGUCAUCGGACUCCAAAACCCAGAAAAACCCUACCGAGGUGCCGGUGAUCGACGUCUUCUCCGCUUCUGCUUAUGGCGAUUUUCAGAAACUGAGAAAGUUUGUCGAACAAGACGGUGCCUCUCUCUCCAACCCUGACGUCCAUGGCUACUACGCCCUCCAUUGGGCUGCUCUUAAUAACUUCCCCGAUAUAGCUCAGUAUAUAAUUGAGCGCUGUCAGUUUGACUUCGAUGAACAUAUUUUUUUAUUGAUGUUGUCAAAGCAUGGUGGCGAUGUCAAUGCGACUGAGAAUAUACAACAGACAGCGUUGCACUGGGCAGCUGUGCAGGGUGCAAUUGCGGCGGCGGAUGUGCUCUUGCAGAAUGGAGCUAGGGUUGAGGCUGCUGAUGUAAAUGGAUACCGGGCAGCUCACGUUGCUGCUCAAUAUGGGCAAACAUCUUUCUUGAAUCACAUUGUUGCAAAGUAUCAUGCUGAUUUUGAUGCACCUGAUAAUGAGGGGAGGAGUCCUCUUCAUUGGGCUGCAUAUAAGGGAUUUGCAGAUACAGUUAGGUUACUUCUGUUUAGAGAUGCAAGCCAAGGGAGACAAGAUAAAGAAGGUUGUACCCCUUUGCACUGGGCUGCUUUGAGAGGAAAUGUAGAGGCUUGCACUGUUCUUGUUUAUGCCGGUACUAAGCAGGAAUUAAUGGUGAAAGAUAAUGCUGGUUUUACUCCUGUUCAGAUUGCAUCUGAUAAAGGUCAUCAGCGUGUCGCUCUUUUCCUUGCUAACCAGCAGCGGGCUCACAGUAACCGUUGGAGAGACAAAUUUUGCAGCGGGAAGAUGGCAGAUAUUGGUUUAGCUCCUGUCUUGUUGUGUACAAUAAUCUUUCAAACAAUUCUCUUUAUGAACUCGGUCCUCGCAGCUCCUAAUCUGACAAAGGUUACUGCUGCUGUUGGCCUUUGGGGAUGGGCUGCUAUUUCGUUAGCUGUGGGUUCGCUGAUUAUGUUCUACAGGUGCAGUAGUAAAGAUCCAGGUUACAUCAAAAGAGCAGGGGAAUUCAGCAGUCAUACAGACACAGAG